CAAGCACGCCACAGGGUUUUAGCCCUUGUAAUCUAAACCCUCAGCAAAAUUUCAGCUCCGGUAUCUUCAUUUGCAUCUCAAAAUCUCAUCGCCUGGAAUCAAAUGGCAUCGCUUUCAGCCGCCAGGUCAAUUCUCCGAUCGAACUCCGUCCGGAAUGCUGCCGCUCGGCUCGCCCAACAGGACAAAUCGAAAUCUGCUCCCUACGCCUUUCGUCCCUCCUCCACUUCCAAGACUUCUGUCACCAGCCGCACCUUCAGGUGUCCUGUUGAAGCCAGUUUUUGUUUGGAGUCCAUGCUGCCGUACCAUACAGUGACUGCUUCUGCUUUGAUGACUUCUAUGCUCUCAAUUUCUCGCAACAGCCCCGCGUGGCUUCCUGAAGCUAUCUAGCAUUAUAGGACCUCCCUUGACGUUCUUGUCUUUGAUUUUCUGGUAAGUUGGUGUCUGCUGGGUGUUGGGUUAUUGUUGUCAAACUGAAAUUCAGAAGCACUUUCAUAGUUGUAGUUAGCUAUAAGGAACAAUGAGUUUAAUCAAGUCAAAUUUACAACGUUAUCCACCUUAUUACCCUUCUUGUCUAAUGCUGGGUACUGAGUCAAUGUGUCAAUCAGUCAUUCCAUUAAUCAUUUCAAUAAAAGGGUGAAUGCCCCUCUUUCUACGUUGUAGGCCAAGACAAGACUAGAUGAAGAUCAAGAAGCAAGGAUGGAAUGACUUGGAUUUGUUUAUGUUGUCAAGCUUUUAAAU